CGGAUGACAAACACAUAGAGAUUUCGUGCUAGUCUACAGUGAGGAGAUGUAUCGUAAGAUAGCAGCUCGCAGCAAUGAAAUGCAGCAGCGGCCAGAGAAGCGUUAUGAUCGCCGGAACGGAACCUUCAAAUUCGUGAAUAGGAGGGAUGACAUCACCCUGGAUGACGACCCAGCGACCCUGAGGGCGGAAAUGUCCUGUGGGCAUGCUGUCAGCCCAGAGUCUCUGACUGCUUGGUGUCAAAGUCUCCUUGAUCAGGGUCAGUACAAGUUCACAUGUCCGGCUCUGAAGGAUGGAGGUAAUCAGACGUGUGGGAAGGAGUGGCCCUAUGUGGAGGUUCGGAAAAUGGCAGUGCUGACAGACAGCGAGCAGAGACAUUUUGAGGAGAGUAUGGCAGCUCUGGCUGCUGCAAAUUUCCAUGAAUAUAAAUCAUGUCCUGGAUGCCAGUCAUCUGUGGAGAGGAAAGACUUGACCAAUCUGAGCGUGCGCUGCACAGUCUGCACUGUCGUAAUGGGUGGCACUUACGAAUUUUGUUGGCAGUGCCUAAGGCAGUGGAAAGGACCUGCACCACGAUCCGACUGCUGCAAGAAUGAGGGCUGUACCAACAGGGAUCUGUACCUGCUGCAAACAUGCCCCAUAGCUGUCGUGUCAGGUGUGCAGUGCCCCUCCAUACGCGCCUGUCCCACCUGUGGCCUGCUGAUCGAGCAUAAAAAGGAAGGCUGCAAGAACAUAUUCUGCAUAAGGUGUAAGAAGGAGUUCUGCUUCAUCUGUCUGAAGCUCACCCCUGAGUGUCAGCGGACCUGCAGAUACUGCAGAUUCUGCUCUGAUGGUGUCGCCCCCAGGCAGACAUCAAUGCCUACCUGGAAAAGAAAUUAGAUAUAUUCCCAAUUAACUCCCUUCCCCCUACAGACAAAUUAUGCACUCCUGCUUCAUAUUAGUUCUGUAGCAUAUAACUUACAGUCAGAGGUGGAGAUUUCAGUACUCUGUGACUGUGACUCUUUAUACUCAACUGGGUGGUUAAAACAAAAUCUUUGGAUUUGUACUCUCUGGACCAGAAAUCUCCACCUCUGCUUACAGUUGAAUCUACUUCUGUCUAUUUUCU